GGAGUGAUUUACACAGCCUGAUGGCAGUAAUCGCUGCGGGGUUCAUGUAGCAUCCCAUGAAUCCUUCUCCCUUGGCUUGCAGCCUGGAGGAAUGCAGAACGAAGAUCUUCUCGUUGGAGGCCACACUCACCUGCACACGAUCUUUUACGACGUAGCCUCCCUUCACCGCCUGCAAUCUCGCUGCCGAUGACCCUUCCUCAUAAAAUAACAAACCCCCGUUCUCUGCCAUCUGUCGGCCAGUCCCCCAUUUCUACCAACCCGGCUCGCGUUCCUCCAUCAUGGCUUCAUGGUACUUUACGCUCUUGGUGGCUGCAGUGGUCUAUACCGUCUUCAAACUGAAAGGCGUCGGACGAAGACCAAAGGGUUUCCCUCCCGGGCCUCCCACGCUCCCAAUCAUUGGAAAUCUGCACCAGAUUCCAGCCAAGAAACAAUAUCUCCAGCUGCAGAAAUGGGCUCAGACUUACGGACCGGUCUACUCCCUCAUUCUGGGAACGCAGGUGAUGAUUGUGCUGUCCGCUGACAUUGCUGUCAAGGACUUGCUUGAUAAAAGAAGUGCAAUCUACUCGUCCAGACCCGAGAUGUAUAUUGGCAAUCAGGUGGCGAGUAGUGGGUUGCGGAUGGUGCUCAUGGAAUACGGCGAGACAUGGCGCCAAAUCCGACGAAUCUUCCACGGUCUGUUACACCUCAAAGCAGCCAAAUCAUACAUGCCGUAUCAAGACCUCGAGAGCACCUCGAUGAUGAUUGCAGUGCUGGAAGAACCUGACCUGAUCUUUGAUCACAUCCGGCGCUACACCAACUCCUUUUCCACGCAGAUUGUGUACGGGUUUCGGACUCCUAGAAUUGAUGACCCGAGACUGCUGAAGCUGUACAAGAAUACCGAGGACUGGAGCCAUGUCACGGCCUCGGCAGGGGCGGCGCUGUUGGAUGCGUUUCCUGUGCUGAGAGGGUUGCCCGAGGUUGCCAGGCCGUUAUAUAGACAUGCGCGGAGAGUGGCGGACAUGACGGUGGGUUUGAGUAUGGAGAUGUGGGGGGAGAUUAAGGGGAGGGUGAAGGAGGGAACAGCCAAGCCUUGUUUCUGCGUCGGCGUGGUCAAGGCACAGCAAGACGAAGGACACAGCGACAAGAUGUGCGCAAUGAUGGCAGGCACGGCGAUGGAGGCGUCCUCGGACACAUCCGCCUCCACGCUGGCCGGGUUCAUCCAGGCGAUGGUGCUCUAUCCCGAGGCUCAGAAGGCGGCACAAGCCACGGCUGAUGAGGUCUGGGGCGAGGAGUUUCCCUCCCUGGCGGAUUUUGAAAAUCCCAAAGCCCAGUAUAUUCGGGCCUGUGUCAAGGAAACUUUGCGGUGGAUGCCAACUGCCAUACUGGGUAUACCCCAUUCUCCGGUUAGAGAUGAUGAGUAUAUGGGGUACAAGAUUCCCAAGGGCGCGGCCGUUGUUUACAAUGUCUGGGCGAUCCACAUGGACCCCAACCGCCACGCCAACCCCCGUUCCUUUGACCCGUCACGGUACAUGGACGACUUCACCAGCUCCAGCGAAUCCGCGCAGAACCCGGAUGUGUCCAAGAGAGAUCACUUCACGUUUGGCGCGGGCCGGCGUGUGUGUUCGGGCAUGCACGUGGUGGAUCGAUCGCUGUUUCUUGUCAUUGCCCGGCUGGUGUGGGCGUUUGACUUUGGCAGGGCGGUUGAUGAAAACGGAAGAGAGAUUGUGCCGGACCAGGAUGAUCUGGUGGGUGGGCUGCUCGUGCAACCAAGGCCGUUUAAGAUGAGGAUUACUCCACGGAGUGAGGCUCGGGCUGCGAAGGUGCGUGAAGCGUGGGAGGGGUGUAAGAAGUUGUUGGACGAGGAGGAGCAGUGGAGGGGUGUUCCGAUAGGUAUGCCGUAUACUACGUAUGAGAUGGAUACGGGUGGUGAGGGGGUGUGAGAUGAGGGUGGGUAGGUAGGCAUGGUAGGUAAAGAAAGGGUAAGACGGCCUCUUACGGAGCUGUGUUUCAGGGAUAUAUUUCAUGAGGAGGCAAAGGGAAUUGCGAAUAUACGAGUACCCCUGAGUCACUAAUCGAUUGGUGGACAUAUAUCGGACAACAUAAGAAUGCAACGGUGCUUUAUCAUCAAAGCUAGGUACAAAAACAUAAUAUGAAUCCAGAAUGAGAAUAACAUCCC